UUGUCACAACAACAUUGGAGUUGCCGCCUACUCUGCUUGCUUUACGCAUCGUAGAGCAGCAUUUCUCGUCAGCAAUUUCGGGUUUGUACUCCCUAAAAGUGUGUGUUGCCUGUGAGUGUGAGUCGUCUGUGCUUUCUGUGAGUCGAGUGUUGUGAAGACAUCAUGGAUGGACGCGGUAGGAAGCGCUAUACUUUGGCCGAAAUCCACGCUCAACUUUUUGAUGACGGCGGGAAUGAGACAGAGGAUGAUGCGGUGUCCGAAGCUGACAGCACCGACUCAGCGCUUCAGGCGUUUGAGGAUGGCAUAGAUGUCGUCCUCGAUUUUGAGGAGACAUCUGACUCGGAUGAUGGGAACACAUCUGAUGACCCUUUGGAAGGGACUUCAACUGCCCCACACCCAGCUGCCUCUCCAACUCCUCCAGCUGCCUCUCCAACUCCUCCAGCUGCCUCUCCAACUCCUCCAGCUGCCAGCAGUGUGCGCAUGAGUGGCAGGCGCCGUGAUCUCCACCCUGCUCCAACUCCAUGCCCUCCUCCAGUUAGUCGUGGUAAGCGCCCCUCAAAAGCCUCUGCUCCAACUCCAUGCCCUCCUCCACCAAGCCGUGGUGCUACGAGUGGUAAACGCACCUCACAAGCCCCUGCCUCAACGCCAAGCCGUCCUGCGAAGCGUGCAUCCCUGGGUCCACCGCCGCAGGACUCCGACUUCUGGCGUGAUGCAACGAGUGAAGACGUGGAGCCUCCACCGUUGCCAUUUCGACCCAGGCGCCCUCCAGGACCACAGCUGGACCCUCAGGUAGACUACCGGCCGCUUGACCUGUUCUUAUUGUUUUUCAGCAAGGACGUGGUUAGGACCCUGUGCAGGCAUACCAAUCUCCAUGCUGCAAAAAGGGCUGCACAAGGACGAAAGAGGAAGUGGGUCGACAUAGAGCCGGAGGAGAUGUACCGCUUCAUCGGAUUGGUCAUCUACAAGGGAUUGAUGAAGUUGCCAGAGAUGCGGGACGGAUGGAGGAAGGACCGCCUUCACAGUUUUCCCUUCCCUGCAUCCGUCAUGCCAGGGUACAGAUACGAGGUAAUCUUCUCAACCCUUCACAUGAGUGACCCGGCUGUUGAUGCAGCAAAUGAUCAGCUGAAGGGCCAGCCUGGGCACGAUGGCCUCUGCCGCCUCAGGCCGCUGCAUGAUGACCUCCUGACGGCGUGCAGGGCUUACUUCCACCCGCUCCAGAACCUCUCAGUGGAUGAGAGGAUGGUAGGCACCAAGUCCCGGAUCGGGAUGAAGAUGUACAGCAAGGACAAGCCAACAAAGUGGGGGUUCAAGCUGUUUGUCUUGGCUGACAGCUCGAAUGGCUAUACGUCGUAGGAGGUGGUAACAGCACAUUGCUUGUUUCAAUUUUGCAAUCGUUCUGGCUAACGGGGCUCUGGUAUGGACUGUUUUAUAAUAUGUUUAUACUCCUCCUCAAAGACUGAAGCAGGUUUAUGAGGGAUGAUAGGUCCUACUAUUGGUUUAUUUGAAAUAAUGGUACAAAAACCCAAUUGUAAUAUUGUUGUGCUUUGAUGCCUAUUAGUACUGUGGACAUUGUUAUGUACCAUCUAUGUCAUUUUAAUAAUCUGAAAGUGAAAGUGAAAGCCCUUCAAGUGUUGGAUUUUACAUGCUGAAAACAUGUGCAAUGAGGAACUGUGGUGUUUUACUGUAAUCUGAAAUCUAAAAAAAAGGUGA